AUGGAUGCUCUAAAGACCCUAAUCGAAGGGUUGUCCCAACAAACGGCUACUAUGCAAGCUUCAACGGACAGAAGGUUUGAUGCUGCUGAAGAAAGAUUGGUAGCCAUUGAAAGUGGUGCAUUUGGAAAUGGCCAAGAUCCCCGCACCAGACCCUAUGAUUAUCCUUCUUUCUAUAGUCCUUCCCCAUAUAUGUCCCACCACCCUGGCCAACACUAUGUUCCUCCAACCCGACUAACCAAGAUCGACUUUCCUCGGUUUGAUGGGGCCGAUGUGGAGCUCAUUGAACUUCCUAAUUUACAUGCUCAGGAUGAUCAAGCAGGAUUUAUAAGCUUAGAUUGUGGUCGGCCUAAUGGGUAUACAGACAGGGAUACAGGAUUGAGAUAUACUUCAGACAAUGACUUCAUUGACACAGGAGUAAGUCGAAUGGUCGCCCCUGAAUACCAAUCAAACUCAACAUAUCAACAGUUCCUGUAUGUUAGAAGCUUCCCCAAAGGAACUAGAAACUGCUACACUUUAAAGACAACAUUCCUAAUAAGGGGGAGAUUCUUGUAUGCAAACUAUGACAACAACAAUCAUUCACUCCCUAGUUUUGAUCUUGAGAUCGGAGUUGACCUGUGGGACACCGUGCAAAUUUACAACGAGUCUCGUCCAGUAGACAAAGAGAUCAUAUAUGUACCAAAGUCAGAUUUUAUUCAAGUUUGUCUUAUCAAUACCAACUCUGGAAUCCCUUUUAUAUCGGCUCUAGAGAUAAGGCCUUUCAGUGAUGAUAAUAUUUACAAGACAGAUUAUUCUCUCAAGUUUCGUGGAAGGUGGGAUUUGGGUUCAUCAAACGUUGACUGGUAUAGCAAUAGGCUCACCACCGAGUUUCCCAUGACGAUUAAUAAUUACAUGCUCCCUUACUUAGUCAUUAAUUCGGCCAACUCUCCCCAAAACCCAAACGAUUCCAUGGUUAUUACAUGGAGCCCAUAUAAUAUUAGUGAUCAACUUUAUGUUUACUUACACUUUGCCGAGCUCACUCCCUUGGCUUCGCGAGAAUUUGACAUUUAUAUCAACGGAAAGCUCUUUCAGACAUCUUAUUCUCCUAAAUUUCUCCAGAUAGAAACUAUUGUGGUACCAUUAAUAGAUGUUAGCUCAACUUAUGCAUUUUCUCUAAUUCGGACCAAAAAUUCUUUGCUUCCUCCUCUCUUGAAUGCCUACGAGGUCUACGCGAUCAUGAAAGCAAGAAAUACUCAGACCAGUGAUACUGACGUUGCUGCUAUUAUGGGAAUAAAGUCAACAUACAAAGUGUUGAAAAACAACUGGCAAGGGGACCCUUGUGGCCCGCAACCAUUUAUUUGGGAUGGGAUCAAGUGCAGCUACAAUCCACCCCAAAUCAUUUCCUUAAACUUAUCAUCAAGUGGGUUGACUGGGGAGAUAUCUCCUUUCAUUCAGAAUCUCACAUCAUUACAAACUUUGGAUUUAUCAAAUAACAAUCUAUCCGGGGAUGUUCCAGUUUUUCUAUCUCAGUUUAGCUCCUUGCGGGUAUUGAAUUUGAAGGGAAAUAACUUGACAUGUCCAAUGCCAUCAUCACUCCAUGCAAAUAUAAAGAAUUUAAUCAGUGAUGAUUGCAAGGAAAAUUCGACACCACCAAGGAAGCAUGUUAUUGUAAUAGCUGCUUCUAUUGGUGGGUUCAUAUUGAUUAUAGCUGCUGCUUCAAUUCUCCUGUAUUGCAUCAAAAGGAACACAAGGCAGCCAACUGUGCAAAGCCCGAGGAUUAAACUUAACAACUUUCAGAUUAAGAACUGUCAAUUCAGUUACUCUGAGAUUUUGAAUAUCACAAACAACUUCCAGACGGUUCUUGGCAAAGGAGGCUUUGGCACAGUCUAUCGUGGCUAUGUCGGAAACACCCCGGUUGCUGUGAAAAUGCUUUCUGAGUCAUCUACACAAAGUUACAAGGAAUUUCAAGCCGAGGCUAAGUUCUUGGUGAGUGUUAAUCAUAAGAAUUUGACUUCUGUCGUCGGUUAUUGCGACCAAGAUGAUAAAAUGGGACUCGUCUAUGAGUUCAUGGAAAAAGGAAAUCUAGAAACUAAUUUAUCAGAGAAAAGCUCACAAAUACUGAAUUGGGAGGAAAGACUUCGAAUAGCAGUCGAUGCAGCACAAGGAUUGGAGUAUUUGCACAACGGCUGUAUGCCAAUAAUAAUCCACAGAGAUGUUAAGUCUUCCAACAUCUUACUCAACGGGAAAUUUGAAGCAAAGAUGGCUGAUUUCGGGUUAUCAAAGACAAUCCCUGUAGAAGGAAACAAUUAUGUCUCCACGGUUGUUGUUGGCACUCCUGGUUACGUUGAUCCAGAGUACUAUAUGACAAAUAGGGUGACAGAAAAAAGUGAUGUUUACGGUUUUGGAAUCGUCCUCUUGGAGAUAGUGACGGGGAAGUCGGCAGUGUCGAGGAGGCAAGGCGACGCUCAUAUAAUCGAAUGGGUGGAUGAAAUGAUAUCAACAGCUGAUGCUAAUCAGAUUGCUGAUAAUAGGCUAAGGGGAGAAUUUGACACAAAUUGUUUAUGGAAACUUGUGGAAUUGGCAAUGGCUUGUGUUUCGCGAGAAUCGGUGAGGAGGCCAAACAUGACUCAAGUUGUGAUGGAGCUAAAGGAUUGUUUGGCAAGCGAGAUAGCCCGUCAUGACACAAGAUCAAUGGGUUCGGUUAGUGGCGGUUUUAUGUCAAUGGGGCUAGUGAGUAAUGGGCAGCUAACGGGUCCUCUUGCAAGGUAAAAAAGAAA